AUGACCCUUGAAGUCUCUCCUUCUCCCAACUUUCACCCCCCCUCCUCUCCUCCUCCCAAAGUCUCGCCUCCCUCCUCUCUUCCCCUCCCCUUUCCUCAUCCGUCCUCGUCCCCUCCCUCCUUGUCUCCUCCCUCGCUUCCUCUGCACUCCUUUCCUCCUCCAUCCUUCGUACCUCAACCGCAUUAUUGCCCCUUGUCCCCCACUCCGUCUCUCCCACCACUCUCCUUAGCACUCCACAUCACAUCCCCCCCACCGCCACUCCACAAUCCCUCACUCCCCCGCCUCUCCUCCCUCCUCCUCCGCUGCUCCAGCCCCGGUUCCUUCCCCUCCCACAGCCUCUGUGCCUCCUCGAAAGCACGCGAUCGCCUCUCCUCCCUCCUGCGCUGCUCCAGCAGCGAACCUGUUCCCUCCCAUGCCAGUAUCGCCGCCGCUACCUGCUGUGAGCUCGCGCCUACCAGGGAUUCAUAUACUGCCGAAGAAUUGGCUUGGGUUGCCGUGAGUGGAGCAGGAGAAGCAGGAGCAGCAGCAGCAGCUGCCGCCGCUACCUGCUGUGAGCUCACGCCUACCAGGGAUUCAUAUACUGCUGAACUUGCCACCGGUGAAGGUGCAGCAGGUGCACCAGGAGUAGAAGCAGCAGGAGCAGCAAGAGGAGCAGGAGGGGCAGCAGGAGCAGGAGGGGCAGCCGGAGCAGGAGAAGCAGCAGGAGCAGGAGAAGCAGCAGGAGCAGGAGAAGCAGCAGGAGCAGCAAUGGCAGCAGGAGCAGCAGGAGCAGCAAUGGCAGAAGGAGCAGCAGGAGCAGCAAGGGCAGCAGGAGCAGCAGGGGAAGCAGAGGCAGGAGAAGCAGCAGGAGCAGGAGGAGCAGCAAGGGAAGCAGGGGCAGCAGGGGCAGUCGAGGCAGGAGAAGCAGAAGAAGCAGCAGGAGCAGCAGGAGCAGAAGCAGAAGCAUAUCUAGGAGAAAAAGCAGCAGCUACCUGCUGA